GUCCUUCUGUCCUUUUCCCCAAGCUCGGUGGUUAAGAUGGCGGCUGCGGGGGUUGAGGGGGCGAGUCCGUGACGGCCUGUCCGGAGAACGGCGGCGAGGAGGGGGAAGGAGGCAGAGCGGCUGUGGGAAGCGCCGGGUGCGGCUCCUAAAGCGGGGUAGGGGGCGGAAUGUGAGCAGGAGGAGGAGACGGAGGGCUCUGGCGGGGGCCCAGAACGGGAGGAGAGCGGGGAUGGGCCAGCAGGUGGGCCGCGUCGGCGAGCCGGGUGCCGCUGCGCUUCAACAUCAGCCGCCGCCGCCGCCGCCGCAACAGCAGCAGCAGCAGCAGCAGCAGCAGCUGCUGCCUCUUUCCCAGCCACAGUCUCAACCCAGAGGGCUUCGUGGGAGUAAUAGCAGCGGGAGUAGGCCUGCCAGCCGGAGGCGAGAAACGGCCGCUCCGCGAGCUGCCGACAGCGGCUUCAAUAUCUUCACCCAGCACGAGGCUCUCCACCGCCCUUUUGGUUGUGACACUGAACCACAGGCACUGAAUGAAGCCAUCAGGUGGAGUUCCAAGGAGAAUCUUCUAGGAGCCACUGAGAGUGACCCCAAUCUUUUUGUUGCACUUUAUGAUUUUGUAGCAAGUGGUGACAACACGCUCAGCAUCACCAAAGGUGAGAAGCUACGUGUAUUGGGUUACAAUCAGAAUGGUGAAUGGAGUGAAGUACGCUCCAAGAAUGGACAAGGAUGGGUGCCAAGUAACUACAUCACUCCAGUAAACAGCCUGGAGAAGCAUUCCUGGUAUCAUGGACCAGUAUCACGCAGUGCAGCUGAAUAUCUGUUGAGCAGCCUCAUUAAUGGCAGCUUCCUUGUUCGAGAAAGUGAGAGCAGUCCAGGACAGCUGUCAAUCUCACUCAGGUACGAGGGACGUGUUUACCACUACAGGAUCAAUACCACCACAGAUGGCAAGGUAUAUGUAACAGCUGAAAGUCGCUUUAACACAUUGGCAGAACUAGUUCACCAUCACUCAACGGUAGCUGAUGGCCUCGUAACAACUUUGCACUACCCAGCACCCAAAUGCAAUAAGCCCACAGUCUAUGGAGUGUCACCCAUCCAUGACAAAUGGGAGAUGGAAAGAACAGAUAUCACCAUGAAGCACAAACUUGGGGGAGGACAAUAUGGUGAAGUGUAUGUUGGGGUAUGGAAGAAAUAUAACCUUACAGUUGCAGUGAAAACACUCAAGGAAGAUACUAUGGAGGUAGAAGAGUUCUUGAAAGAAGCUUCUGUCAUGAAGGAAAUCAAGCAUCCAAAUCUAGUACAGUUAUUAGGUGUGUGCACCCUAGAACCCCCUUUUUAUAUAGUAACCGAAUAUAUGCCCUAUGGGAACCUGCUGGACUACCUACGAGAGUGCAAUCGGGAAGAAGUGACUGCUGUUGUCUUGCUGUAUAUGGCCACCCAAAUAUCUUCUGCCAUGGAGUACUUGGAGAAGAAGAAUUUUAUUCACAGGGAUCUAGCAGCUCGGAAUUGUUUGGUGGGAGAAAAUCACGUGGUGAAAGUAGCUGACUUUGGAUUAAGCAGACUGAUGACAGGAGACACAUAUACAGCUCAUGCUGGAGCAAAGUUUCCUAUCAAAUGGACAGCACCAGAAAGUCUGGCCUAUAACACAUUCUCAAUCAAAUCAGAUGUUUGGGCUUUUGGAGUAUUGCUGUGGGAGAUUGCCACUUAUGGAAUGUCCCCCUAUCCUGGCAUUGACCUUUCUCAAGUUUAUGAUCUGUUGGAGAAAGGUUACAGGAUGGAACAGCCUGAAGGUUGCCCACCAAAAGUCUAUGAACUCAUGAGAGCAUGCUGGAAAUGGAAUCCCCUAGAUAGACCUUCAUUUGCUGAAACUCACCAAGCUUUUGAAACCAUGUUUCAUGAUUCUAGCAUUUCUGAAGAAGUGGCAGAAGAACUUGGAAGGACCGCAUCUUCUUCUUCAAUAGUUCCAUAUUUGCCUCGAUUACCUAUACUUCCUUCCAAGACUAGAACCUUAAAAAAACAAACAGAAAACAAAGAGAAUAUUGAAGGAGCACAGGAGAUCAUAGAGCACUCUGCAUCAAGUUCUGCUCCAGGUUUUAUCAGAAGCACACAGCAGACCAGCGGAUCCCCAGCACUACCUCGUAAACAGAGAGACAAGUCACCUAGUGGCCUGUUAGAAGAUACUAGAGAAACUACCUUUACCAGAGACAGAAAAGGUGGUUUCUUUAGCUCGUUUAUGAAAAAGAAAAACGCCCCUACACCUCCCAAACGCAGCAGUUCCUUCCGUGAAAUGGAAAACCAGGCUCAUAAGAAGUAUGAAUUAACGGGUAAUUUUUCCGGAGUUGGUCCAUUGCAGCAUAUUGAUGGAUUUUCAUUUACUCCCUCCCAGCAAGAUGGAAAUCUUUGCUUAUCCAAGUGUUACAUUGGGAGCUUUGCACAGCGGAACUUCUAUGGGGAAGAUGGUGGUGGUGGCAGCAGCAGUGGGGGCACAAGCAUUGGAAGUGGUUGGUCAGGCCUCACAGGCUUCUUUACACCUCGCCUGAUUAAAAAGACAUUUGGUUUACGAGCUGGGAGGCCCACUGGAGGUGAUGAAGCUUCAAAACCUUUUCCUCGAUCAAACUCCACAUCUUCCAUGUCUGCAGGUCUUCCUGAGCAGGAGAGAAUGGCAAUGACUCUUCCCCGAAAUUGCCACAGGUCCAAAGUUCAACUGGAAAGGACAGUAUCCACUUCCUCCGAGCCCGAGGAGAACACAGACAAGUCCAAUGAUCUUCUCCCUAAAAGGUGUGAAGAUAUUCAUACGCUGACCAGAAGCCGACCAAAAACUAAACUGCUGCCGAGGGGUGCUACAGCUGUUCCUCUCAGGACUCCUUCUCUGGACACAUCUGUUUCAGAGAAGGAUUGUCAAGGGCCAACAGCAGCAGCAAGCCUGAAAAGCAAAGAAAAAAACAGUGGGAUACGACAAGGUUCAGUAGAAGGAGAAGAAAAACCAGGCUGGCCUUCUCCAGCCAAGGCUGCAGCAAUACUUCCAACCACUCAUAAUCACAAAGUGCCCGUUCUCAUCUCACCUACUUUAAAGCAUACACCAGCUGAGGUGCAGCUCAUUGGCACAGACUCUCAGGGGAAUCGGUUCAAGCUCUUAUCUGAGCAUCAGGGCACUGCUUCUAGUGACAGGGAUAGACCCAGACGGAUAAAACCAAAGUGUGCUCCACCUCCUCCUCCGCCUCCGCCACCACAAGGAGUCCUGAGGCUCCUUCAUCAGCCUCCAGGUACCUCAGAUACAGUAGAAGAGUUGGAUAAUGGAGCAUUGGUACAGCAUGGGCAAGAUAGUGAGGGCAGCAAAAAGGUAACAGUGGCACCUACUGGUGGAAAAGCUGGAAGGCCAAUAAUGCCUCCACCUCAAGUGCCUUUGCCAUUGUCUUCGUCACCUGCUAAAAUGGCAAAUGGCACAGCGGGAGCUAAAGUUGCUCUGAGAAAGACCAAACAGACAGCUGAGAGAAUCUCAGCAGACAAGAUCAGCAAAGAGGCGCUUUUGGAAUGUGCAGACCUCCUCUCCAGUGCCAUUGCAGAGCCUACCACAAAUAGCCAGCUGGUGGAUACUGGGCACCAACUAUUAGAUUACUGUUCAGGUUAUGUGGAUUGCAUCCCCCAAACGCGCAACAAAUUUGCCUUCCGGGAAGCCGUAAGCAAACUGGAACUUAGCCUGCAGGAACUGCAGGUGUCGUCGAUGGCUGCUAAUCUGCCUGGAGCAAAUCCUGUACUUAAUAACUUAUUGUCUUGUGUUCAAGAAAUCAGUGAUGUUGUUCAGAGGUAGCUACUGUCAAACCAUCUGCUUAGGAGGAAAAAAAAGUUCACAAAAUUGAGAGAAGAGUCAGAGUGACUUCUUCUAAUCAUUUUUUCCCUAUGUUAAUGUUUUGAAAGAAGAGACUGAUACUUGAGUAAGUUUUAUGUGAAGUACCUCAGAUCACUGAGCUCACAUGUUUACAGGUUCAUCUCAGUACAUGGGGCAGAUAAGAGGGAAGCAAAGUUUCACAGGGGUCAGAUGAUUGCAGCUGAGGCAGGAAAAAUAUUGAGAAUUUGCCUUGGUGAGAAAAUUGCAAAAAUAGAGCUUGUGCUCUUGUUCACUUCUGGGAGGAAGGAGAUUCCAUGAAGGUACCUUUGGUUUGAUAAGGUGCUUUAUUCUCUUUGAUGCUUUUCCAGUUGAUUAGAAUUACUGGACAAGAGAUGGGGUUCUUUUUCUGCACUACUCUGUAUUUUAACUUUCUGAGGUCAUAUCAGAAAGGCUUAGAGGUGCCAUUGGAAGUCAACUAGAUCUUUCCAAGAAAGAGAGGAUAAUUUUGAGAGAAAGUCUUUUAUAUUUAAAAAAAAAGAUUGGCACUGUAGGAAGUGCAUGUACUAGCCUGUCUGGUAGACCUUCUGCAGUGCAAUUGGUUGCUGUAAUCAUAGAUGCAAAAAGGGAAAACAAAAGAGCUGGAAUAUGAAAUGCAUCCCCCUUUAUCAUCCCCAUAUCAUAUUAAUCACUCACACGUUCACUCUUUCACAGCAUCUUGAAUGACAAUUUAAGCAGACUUGCCACUGGAUUUCACACAAUCACACCUUAGACUCAAACUGCGGUCAUCACCAUGUGGGUAGCAUAGCAUGGUUAGCUAACCAAUGGCAAUCACUUGAGUUCUUUGGAGGAUAGCAUGCCCAAGAAACUUAAUUUAUCUCUGACGUUGAACUUUGGUACAGUUGUGGCUUUGCUAUACCUUGAGGAGCUCUUUUGAAUUAAAAACACUGCAGAAUGCUGCUAGUGUUCUCUACAUUCCUAUUUUAAUUGUGCUUACCUUAAUGUCAUUUCUUUUUGAGAAAACUAGAGACCUGAGGCCUUCAUAUUUUCUAGUAGAACUAUAAAUUUGCUCUUGGAAUACCAGUUCAGGUGUAUUGCUGAUAUGGAUUCUUUGUUUAGAUUUUUGCUUUAUUUAUAGUUUCAAGACACUGCCUGCACAUGGAUUCAUUAUAAGUGAUUAGUCUAUAAACAUGCUGCCAUCUCCCUUCAAGUAGUCCAGUUGCAAAACUCAUUCAUCUUCUAAAGUCAGCUUGCUACGGGACCACUAAUUUUAAAGAUCCACUGAUGUUAAGUAAAUGAUACUGGGUUUUUUCUGUGAUUAAUGUGACUUUAAACUAGCAUUUGCACCACACAUUUGCUUCUGAAAGAUAGAGAAAUCAGGCUAUAUGCUUCCAUGAGGCCUCUUUUUUUGUUUAUCCCAGAUCCCCUGAACUCAUUCUGUUUAUUGAAAUUCAGCAACAAACUGUGGAAAAAUGGAGCUGUGGUUUCCCAUUAAUUUUUUUGUCAAGAAACAAAACAAGGAAGAUAUUUGAUAUUUGAAAGGCUUAAUAGAAAGAAAUCAUGGAGUCCCUGUUUGAAAUGUCUUGGGAAUCCUGAUUCACCCCACCCCACCCCACAUAACAUGGUGAUACCAUUUUGUUCUCUGGAGCUGUUGGCUACCAAUAAUUAGAUAUGGUAUGGUCUCAGUCACAAGUGGGUUCAUUUCAGCCUUAAACCAUACAUAAAUGGAAGGUUUUUUAGCCUUACUGUCUGGAGAAGGAGAUUAAAAGCACAUUCAUACUAGCCAGAAUCCUGCCAUUAAGUUUUCCACAAAUUACACUGAACAAGCAGUAUUAUUAGAGGAGGGAAAACUCACAGAAUGAAAGCACAUUUGGGUUCCAUUUCUGAUUCAGAACAAUAAGGUCUACACAUAGUGGAGAAUAAGCAGGUUCCACAAUGCUUCAGAUCCAAAGGGGGAAAUGCUAAAGAGCAUCCAGAGCUACUCACAUAGUAUUUGUUUUCAGUUUGUCUUUUUUUCUUAGGAUUAUGCGAUAGCUAACACGCCAGCAUGCAGAGGUUUUAAGUAGUUUUCAAUGGGUUCUAUGGGAGUGUUUCCCCUAUCUGGAAUCAUUAUUCCCAUUUUGAAUCCAAACUAUUGCACAGCCUUAGAGAACAGUACAUGCUGCAGAUGUCCAGUGCACAAUUUCUUCCAUUUCUGAGCAAGAAAAAAAUGGAUAUCUAUACAUGUGUCUACAAUAAUCGCAUUGACAUAAGGGGAUACCCAUUCUCAUCAUGCAGACAAUUUUUUUUCUUGAUGGCUUUUGGAAUUGGCUUCUGGUGCCCAUUGUGUCUUCAGUUACUGUUCUGCUUUCCUGAGAGAAUUCUGAAUUUGAGUUAUUCGUAUACUAUUUACAUGUUGGACAAUGGUUUAUAUAGUAUGUUUACGUUCACCAUAUGCUGCUCUUAAUACAAAAUCUGUUUUAAAAAUGCAAGGGCCUGCAACUUUAUAUUUGCCUGGGAUCUUAGAUCUGGGAUCUAAAAAUCUUUCCCUCACAGAGUUCUAAUUCUGUUGUCACUGAAAUUACUGUUCCAAAAUAAAUUGACUUUGUUCUGGUAAGUAACAAGUAGCUUGAGGUGGGGAAAAUGUACUUCUCUGAUAUUUCACAUGUACACACACACACACACACACACACACACACACACACACACACCCCUACCUUCCAGGUAUAUACUGCAGUUCAUGUCUGCAGACUUCUUUUGCACCAGACUGUUAAAAUCAUCCAGUUUGUCAUAGAAUUGUAGAUUAUAUCAUUGACAUAGUUUAUUUAGACCAUUGAGUCCAAUCCCUGACAAAUGUUUGCUCAGAUUAUACUAGAUUUCCAGUGAAUGGAAACUCUACUAUUUCACAAAAACUGAUUUGACUGUUGAACUGGUCCUCCUAUUUGAAAAUUAUUCUAACAUUCAGCAGGAAUACGGCUUGCUGAAAAUUAAGACCAUUUUUCUGUGCCCUGGUAUUUAUUCCCUUCUGAGACGUCUUUUGUCAAGACUAAGAUUGACCGGUUUCUCAAUCUCUCGUGUUGCACUUGAUUUCCAGUCCCUGAUCAUCUUUGUUGCUUCUCUUUCUACUUGUUAUAGUCAUCUAUAUUUUUCUUAUAUUCCUCUGAGGGAAAUGGGUGAUUAAGAAGUGUGAUAUAAAAUAAAUAAAAUGCUAAGUACUGGAGUGGACAUAAUACUUAAGUGGUUCUGACCAGUUCAGAACAGAAUGGAACAAUUACUUCCUGUGAUUUGGAAAAUCACAAGAGCACAAGAAGGAAUAUAUAAAACACCUUACUUUUGCUUUUCUUCAUAACAGGUCUGUGAGAAAAAGCUCUACUAUCUUUUUUCUCCUUUGUUUACUGUUCUGUUAGGGUUUCCUUGGUACAUUUUCUCGUUAGCUUUUCGGGCAGUUAGUUCUACCUGCCACUGCACCUUUCUUAGUAUCUUAUUUUCAUCAAUUAGAAGCAUUAAUCUAAAUUCAUUUAGGGCCAAAUUUCACAUACCUUUUAAUUUUUUUAAUUGGUCAUGUUUAAGUAUUGAAAGUUUAAAACAUUGCAUGUUGCAUAUUGAUUUUUAUGGCGAACCUUUUAGUGAUUGUGUGGAUACAAAGUUGUCAUUGAAUCUGUACACAAUACAAUAUAUGCUAAUGGAAAAAUGAAAAGAAUCACUUUUGCUUCUUAAGCCAGACUGCAUCAGGCUAUACAUUGUUCACCAAGUGAAAAAAAAUUCAAUAUAUCAAUUAAUUUCUGAAAUUUGAAAUAAUUGACAAUGGCUUGGGAGGAAAGCUAAGAAAGCUGAAACAGAUUCUGUGCAUUAGUUCAGAAAACUUGAAUUUUUGGUAUAAUGGUGAACAUUUCCAAAAUUUGGGAGAGUGAAUAGAAGAAAUCACCCCCUAAAGAUUCCAAAGACAUUUUCACCUGUUUCAAUCAAUCAGAAUAGAGCUGGAAGAGACUUUGGAGGUGGUCUAAUCCAAACCCCUACUCAAGCAGGAGACCCUAUGCCAUUUCAGACAAAUGGCUCCAGUCCAGUCUUCUUAAAGCCCUCCAGUGAUGAAGCGGCCACAACUUCUGAAGGCAAGCUGUUCCACUGGUUAAUUGUUCUCAAUGUUAGAAAGUUUUUCCUUAAUUCCAGGUUGCUUCUCUCUUUAAUUAGUUUCCAGCCAUUGUCUUGCCUUGCUUCCUUCAAGUUAUUAGCAUUUCAUGUCAAAUGAACAUGCUUGGUCCUUGAGUAGUUUGAGAAUUCCCACUCGGGUUUUCUCCCUAGUUUUAUGUACUUCUCAAACUUUUAUUUUCUUCUGAUGACUGGGUGCUGCCUUAGAUAAGCAAAUGACACUGAAGAUUAAAGUUGAUACUAAUAUGUAUAAUAAUUAAGAGAAACAUUGACAGUUGUACUUCUCUGUUAUAUUAUUACCCAUUCCAGCAUUUUGUAGAUCAGGCAUCCUUCCAAAAUUAUGCAUACAAAGUCUCGUGUGUUUGUGGAUUUAUAAUGCAAAACUCACUUUGUACUUGAAAUUAAUUCACUUCUCAGUUUUUUGCAGUUUCAUUGAAUGUGUGAAGUAAAAUUUAAUAUCUAGCUAAAUCCAAACAACUAAAUUAGCUAUUUUCCUCAUCUUUAGAUAGAAUGUUGUGUUAACAUAUGGGUCAUAUGUUCUCAUGCAGAAAGUGUGGUCCUCCUUAACUAGAAUUGUCACCAAAGACAAAUUUCUUGUGUGUCCAAUCACACUUGGCCAAUAAAUAAUUCUAUCUAUCUUCCUGAUCCCUGACCAUAGGGCUGAUGAAAUUUAGAAUCCCAAUAACAUCUGAAGGAUUAAGUACCAGAAUACUUGCACCUGAAGGCAAGGCAAGAAACAAUGGAUGGAAACUAAUCAAGGAAAGAAGCAACCUGGAAUUGAGAAACUUCCUAACAGUGAGAACAAUUAACCAAUGGAACAGCUUGCCUUCAGAAGUUAAGAGAUUGGACAGCUACUUGUCUCAAAUUGCAUAGUGUCUCCUGCUUGAGCAGGGUGUUGGACUAGAAGACCUCCAAUUUCCCUUCCUGUUCUAUUCUGAUUUAUUGAAAUAUUUCCAGUCUUCCACUAUAUGAAGGUUUAACAAUAAAUUAUUGACAAUCAACACUCUACAGUCAAGAAAUUUGGUAACAUCUUUAUUCAAAAAUAUAAGAAAUCAAGAAUGAAAUUUACUCCAUUUAAACAGGAAGCUAAUUAUAACAAAAUGGUUAUGAUUGUGCAAGUUUUAUUUCUUUUUCCAUUUCAAUUGUUAUAUAGUUUAAGUCCACAUUUGCUAAAUAUGAAAGUUUAACCAGAGGUGAUCAAGUUCCAACUCGAGGCAGAUUUCUCUUAAUAUUUUCUGUGAUCUUUUCUGAUGCUUCUCAAUCACCUUUGACUGUUUUUAGCUUCUCAUCCCAGUUUAGAUGGUGGCAUAAUAAGAAGCAGAAUCCUGGCAUUAUUUUGCAUAUUAAAUAUAGAGACAGUUCACAUUCCACUCUCUGUAAUAAGAGCAAAAUAGCUUUUGAAAGUCACUAUAUUUGGAAAUGCAGUCAAUCCCCCCCCGCCCCCCAAGGAAUCAUUAGGGGACUGUGAAUAAUAUCUGCUAGGCAUUGAAAGCUUUAAAGCCAUUGUCCCAAACUGGUACCUUCAUGAUAGUUUAAUUUCAACUCUUAUACAGUACAUUUUAGCAUAAUCCAACAAAAAUUUGGAUGUUAUUUGAAUGAAGGCUGCUUGAGAUUGUACUGUACUGAAACGUUGGAUAUGCAGAGAAUUUUUUCUGGUUAUACAUGAGUUUCAGAUUACCAUUUUGAUCUUUCUUGAUAACAGUAGGAAGAUGUUAUCUUUUGCUCAAGUAAUUGCUUUUCAGGCAAUAAUGCUUAAACCUUGCCUUUAUUAUUUUGUUGUUAUAAAAUUUGUGCUUCAUGUCUUUUAUUGGUUACCUUGCUACAGUGAAGAUAUGAGGGGCAGAACUGUACUAUUAUGUAUGCUGUUCUUGAAGCUGAGUGGUUCAGAAAUGAAUUCACUGUAAAUCUAAGGUGUAGUUCUUUUUCUUCUGGCUAAACAUAACAGGAAUGCAUUCUGUUCAUUUGCACCUUUGGUAGAAGUUUCUACAGUCAAUUUGUGGAAAAGGGAUGACGUUAAUAGUUAACGGAAUCUUACGAGAGAACUCUGGUUUUAGUUGGUGGAAUAGUUUGUGUUCUAUACAUAGAUUGGUUCCUUACUGAAUUCAAAAUGUUCCCAGAUUGCCUUGGAACUGUAAGAAGCAAAUCAGUCCUCUUGCAUAAUGUGAAAUAGCCUUUUUAUAUUACAUACAAUUCAUUCAAAAAUAAUAUUGCUGUGCUCCUAAUGGCAGAAAUUCUAGAGCAGUGUACUAUCAUACUUUUUAUAAUUAAUUUUUUAAAUAGUUGUAGCACUGAAAAUUGAUUGGCAAACUCCAGUUAGUUCAAAAUAUAGUACAAAAUGUAUACAAAAAUAUCAGGCUUCUCCAGUAAAAUCGUCUCAAAAUAAAAUCCAUGGGAGGCCUUAGGCAGACAGGAACUUCCUGAGCCCAUGGAUUUGCAAAAUAGUGAAAUAUUAUCUUUCCAUUAAGGCAGGGAUAUUAUGUGCUCAAAAAAUAGUUCUAAUUUUUGGAUAACUAAGGGCUCCAGUGAAGGAAUGAUGUUGCAAGAACAAUUUGCAAGCUGUUAGAGGUAGAAUUACUAAGGUAAUUGUGUCAUGCAGGGUUUUUUUAAAAAAAUAUAAACCUACAGAUUUUUAUUGUUUGAUUUUCUCAUUGCUGCUCUGUUUUUUUAGUGAUUUGCUGCUGAAAUUUCACAGGACAGUUUUUAGGGGGUCAAUGAUCAAGAGGAUUGUAGGCUAUCAAUAGCUCUGCAUUGAAAAUUAGCGUUUUCAGUAACAUUUUCCUUGAUUCUCUGGUCUUAAAGCAGGAUAAAGCAUUCAUUCUCUAAGGAAGUUGUUCUGCUUAAUAGUAUAUUAUGACACCAUGUGAGUAGCCUGAGAUGUGAAGUCUAAGUUUUCUAUUUUCUGAAGUAUAUCAUCAAAACACUAAAUAUGGAAAACACUAAAAACAGGUUAUUGUUUGGUCAUUGUCUUUGAAGCUGGCUAAAUAAUGCCUUCAAAUCCUCCUUCAAUUUUUUUUUUUUUUUGUCAAAAACAAGGGAAAACUUUCGUUGUUCAUCUUGUGAAAAAAAAAUUGCUAAAUUUGUAUUUCAUACAUGCUUUAAAAUUAAAUAUUAAAGCUUGUCCAAUCUUUGUA